AGGAACACCCCGCUCGGUCAGCCAUGGAGAACGAAUUGUUGAUUCGAGUGAGCGUGUUCGCCGACCAAGGAGGAAGGAAGUACAUGGAGGAUGUCACCGAUGUCGUAGUGGAGCCCGAGCCGGGGGAAGAGGCGCCCGGGACGGACGGCUGGAAAGACGGCGGAGGCGGCGCCGCUCAGCCCGGCUCUGCCGCCGCCGGAAGCGCUCAGCCCGGCUCUGCCGCCACCGGCUCUGGCGCCGCUCAACCCGGCUCUGCCGCCGGCGGAGGCGCUCAGCCCGGCUCUGGCGCCACCGGCGGCGGCGGCCCGCCUGCAGAAGUGUCGGAUCCUCCGCUGCUGGCGGCUACAUCCGCGCACCUCACGCCGAGCGACGGCCGGCCCACGGCGGCUGCAGCGUCCCUCCCGGAGGAGGGCACCCGGUCGCUGGCUCGGUGCGCCGCGGAGACCGGAAGCCGUCCCCGCCGCUCGGUGGCUUUCUUCGCCGUGUUCGACGGCCACGGGGGGCGUGAGGCGGCUCAGUUUGCGCGGCUCUGGCUGUGGGAGUUCAUCAAGAAGCAGCGCGGGUUCUGGUCCCGGUGCGACGCGGACGUGUGUUCGGCCAUACGGAAAGGAUUCGUCGCCUGUCAUCACGCCAUGUGGAAGAAGUUACCUGAGUGGCCGAAGACACUUACGGGCCUACCCAGUACAUCUGGCACCACAGCCAGUGUGGUUGUCAUCCGGGGUGACCGCAUGUACGUGGCUCAUGUAGGGGACUCUGCAGUGGUCCUUGGAGUCCAAGAUGACCUUUCCGACAAUGUCAUAAGAGCUGUGGAAGUCACACAGGACCACAAGCCUGAGCUGCCCAAGGAGAGAGAGCGUAUUGAAGGUCUUGGAGGGAGUGUCAUUAAGAAGUCUGGCGUGAACCGCGUGGUCUGGAAGAGGCCCCGGCUGAGCCACAACGGCCCUGUACGCAGGAGCACCGUCAUCGACCAGAUCCCGUUCUUGGCUGUGGCCAGGGCUCUUGGUGAUCUUUGGAGCUAUGACUUCUACAGCGGGGAAUUUGUAGUGUCACCAGAGCCAGACACUAGCGUGGUGAUCCUGGACCCCAGCAAACACCGCUACAUAAUCCUGGGCAGCGACGGCCUGUGGAAUAUGGUGGCACCCCAGGAUGCCAUCUCCCUUUGCCAAGAUAACGACAAAUCUCCGGCGCUGUGUGGCAUGUCAAAUGCCCGGCAGUUAGUAAGUCAUGCUCUUCUACGAUGGCGCCAGCGGAUGCUCCGUGCUGACAACACCAGUGCCAUUGUCAUUGCCCUGCAGGAGCCUGGGACUCCCCAGGAAAUGGUGCACCACGAGGAGUUUCUGCUCAAUUUAGCCAGGGUGUCCCAGAGUCCUCCCCCUUCCGUUUCCCACUGUGAGACCGCACGCCUUAAGCAGUCUCCAGAGUCGGGUUCGCCAACAGCUAUCUGUGAGCUCUCGCCCAGACUGGGACGAAGGGAGGGUCUGUCAGGAUGCAGCACCCUGCACACUAAAUCCCAGAAGGAUCCCCUUGACCCGCUGCUACGACACACUGAUGCCAGCUGUGAGCCCUCCUUUUUCGGUUCAUCCCCAGCCAAGCACUUGACUCUGAGGGAGGGAUUUGGGGGUGGUGCGAGGACACCCAAUAACAAAAGGGCCGCCAAUGGGUCCACGGUCCAUUUGGCUAAGAAGGCCCGGCGCAAAAACUCUGAGAGGACGUCACUGGUCAGACACAGUGUGGAAAAACGUCAGGAAAAGUCGUCCGGCAUUCCUGCCCUGCUCCGGCAGCACAGCAAAACCACUGUGUGUGUAUGCUGAAUCCCGGCUCCAGCUAUUUGUACUGCACUUAUGGAGUUCACUAAAACACACAUCAAUAGGCUGCCUCUUCUAAACCACUACCCUUUUCCAAAAAAAGACCAAUUUCAGUUUAGUCACUGUGGAUUUAUACACUGAUGAGCCAAAACAUGGUCACAUGUCUAAUAUGCUGGUGGUCCUCCGUGUGCCGCCAAAACAGUGCCGAUCCACCGAGGCAUGGAUUCUACAAGACCCCUGAAGGUGUCAGGUGGUAUCUGGCACCAAAACAUUAGCAGCAGAUCCUUAAAGUCCUCCUGUAAGUUGUGAGGUGGAGCCGCCGUGGAUCGGACUUGUUGGUCCAUCACAUCCCACAGAUGCUCAAGCGGAUUGAGAUCUGGAGAAUUUGAAGGCCAGGGCAACACCUUGAACACUUCGUGUUCCUUAAAGCAUCCUCAAACAAUGUGUGCAGUGUGGCAGGGCACAUUAUCCUGCUGAAAGAGGCCACUGUCAUCAGGGAAUACCACUGCCAUGAAGGGGUGUACCUGGUCUGCAAUGAUGUUUAGGUGCCACAUGUCAAAUUGAUGUCCACAUGAAUGGCUGGACCCAGGGUUUCCCAGCAACACAUAUCCCAGAGCAUGACACUCCCUCCACUGGCUUGUCGUCUUCCCACAGUGCAUCCUGGUGCCUCCGGUUCCACAGGUAAACGAUGCAUACGUACACAGCCAUCCACGUGAUCUAAAAGAAAACGGGACUCAUCUGAUCAGGCGACCUUCUUCCAUUGCUCCAAGCUCCAGUUCCGAUGCUCGUAUGCCCAUGGUGCUUUCAGCGGUGGACAGGGGUCAUCACGGGCACUCUGACCGGUCUGCGGCGAAGUACACAGCUCCAUACGCAGCAGGGUGCGAUACGCUGUGUUGUGACACAUUCCUACCGUAGCCAUCAUUAAAAUGUUCUGUAGACCUUCUGUUGGUUUGGACCAGACUGGAUCGCCUUUGUUGCCCUCGUGCAUCGAUGAGCCUUGGGCAUGGUUUGUCCCUCCUCGGACCCCUGUCGGUAGGUACUCACCACUGCUGACCAGGAGCACCCCACAAGCCUUGCUGUUUCAGAGAUGCUGUGACCCAGUCUUCUGGCCUUAUCAAAGUCGCUCAGGUCUUUACUGCUGCUCAUCUGUCCUGCGUCCAGCAUGUUGACUUGUUCACUUACCAGCGGAUUCACCCAGACCGCCACAUGUACCCUUGUUUGGAGACAAUCAAGGUUAUUUGGUUCACCUGUGAGUGGUCAUAAUGUUUUGGCUCAUUGGUGUAUUGCGUAUUCAUUGUCAGCAAAUGGGGUGUCUCCUGUAUGGCUUGACCGUUAAAAUCACCACACCUUCUAACAAACAGUGUGGAGCAAGGGUUUGCCCUCUCACGGGUUGUUUUUUUGUCUUUUUACAGACCAUUAUCAUAAAAUUCAUUUCCAGUUUGCACUUUUCUCAGCAGAGCUCUCUUGAAACAACAGAUGUCUUUGUUUUCCAAAUCCUUCCUAAAAUGGUGCAGAUCUUUUUUAUUGUUUGCAUUGUCGCAUGUAGAUAAAUACAAGCAGGUGUAAAAAAUAACGAAUAAUCAUUUUUUAAAGAAGCGUAGAGAAGUAAGUGAACAUGUUUCU